GACGCAAUACAAAUACUAAGAAAAAAGGCUGAUAAAUGCAAGAAAAACGUAUAUAUUUAUCAUUCCAUACUAAGCACGUCAGUUUCAUCAAAUAGUUGACUAUCAUCACUCCCAUAUAAUAAUGAUGGAAAUUCGAAUUUUGCUAUUCCUCUUUCUUCUACCUUUUCUUAUAACCGAUGAUGUUAACGCAGGGAAAAUUGGAUUCUCUUCACGAGGUUUCUCAUCGAGAGGUGGUUCGUCGUCACGAAGCUCGCCUUCCUCGAGUCGACAUACUUUAUCUGGAUCUCGUUCAAGCUCUACUAGAUAUGGAAGUUCAUCGGGUGGGCAUAGGAUAGGAUCAAGCUCGACUGGAACUUUACCGAGUCCAACUUCGCAUCAGCAGAAUAAAGACAUGUCUACAUCUAUCUUACACGCUGAACGAGGAGGCGCUAUUAGACCGCCUCAAACAAAUUCCGCACAAUCAUCUAGUCAACCAUCGGCACCUUAUGGCAAUGCAGGAACUUAUUCUGGGAGUCAAGUACGAAAACCAGGUUUUACAACAGAGAGUAAACAAAAUGCUGUACCAUAUAAUCCAUCAGCACCAUAUAAUCCAUCAGCUCCAUCAGCUGAUCAUUUAUCAAAAACUAAUGUGGUACCUUCGCAAAGUCAUGUUUCGACUUCUCUUGGCCAACCAAAUGCGCCCUAUAAUCCGUCACACGGAACUGUACAUAAUAAUCCUUCGUGGAGCAAUCCGCACUUCAAUCCAAGCCAACCAUAUCCGACUCCUACUAAUAUCGGAUUCAAAGAUCAUCUACGUCCAACUUCAAUGCCCUUUCCUUCGUACACCCCCGUCCCGCCUUAUCCACGUACAAAUAAUCCUAUCUCUGGUUCCAAUCCACAUUCUCCCCCUUAUCCAAUUCAUUCCUUCGGUCAUUCUAUGAAUCAACCUCAUUCCACAUACAAUCCCAGCUAUUCCGUUCCCAGUCAAACAAUCGGACAUCCUUCCAGUUAUCCAGCGCAUAUUCCACCACCCGUACCGGGUACGUUCGGAAAUCCUUACUCUACGCAUCCGGUUGGCGGGACAUAUGGUCCAGCCGGACAUAGCUAUUAUCCUCAACAACAUGUUCUGGCGCAACCGGCGGCGCAGCCAUACAUACCUGGACAAACCGUCAUAAUGGUUCCUGGUCAACAAGACAGCGGUAGAGGCUUUGGUCAGAUGGUGAAAGAGGCACUCGUGUUCUCCACUAUUAAUGCUGGCGUGAAUAGGCUAAUAAAUCCGCAUACUCAUUACAUACCUGAUUACAACAGACCAGCAAACCCUGGUACUACUGCAAGCGAAACGCAUGUAACUUAUAAUAAUCACUAUUUUAACACUGCUCCUCCGGGCAAUACUCCUUCGGUACCAGCUUCGCCGAAUGUACCUCAGGGAAAUGUCCCAGUUACAUAUCCGGCCAAUUAUCCAAAUCCGGUGAACAAUCCGGUUAUUACUCCGGGUGUAUCAAUUCCUACGAUUGUCGGAAACAACGGUGGCGUAGCAUAUCCAGCUAGUAAUGGCUCUUCCGUGAAUACAGUGGGUACUACUAACAAUAUGGGAGGUUCUACUAAUGGAUUUUCCGCUGGUAACACAGUAAAUGAUCAAAAAGGACCCGAUCAAGGAACAACUGUUUAUUCUCCUCAGUAUAAAAUAUCAGACAAUGAUCUAUCGAUGUUGACUGAAGAGUUGUUUGCGAAACAAGAAGUCAAUAUAUCCAAAUAUUUGACAUUAUAUCUUCAGAGUAAAUCCGAAAAUGUAACCGAUGCAGCUAAAGGACCAUUAAUUUAUGCACAAUCAGACGUCUACGAUUACCCGACGAUCCUUGUUACUCGAGCGCUCUAUGACAAUUACGAGCACAAUUCCAUCGUGAAGGAAAAUCGAACGCUUGAAAAGCGAAAGAAAGAGGAUCUUCUGUUGGACGUGUUUAUGAGCACAAAUGUAUUAACCAGAGCUAUGCAAUGGCUGUCAGAUCGAGGUUUUAUGGAUCCGGAUGACUUCGAGAAAAAGGACACUCUGCGACACAUCUGGUUUAGUCAAUUCGAUGGCGCCACUUCAGGUUUCGAGCGAGUAUUCACAUCUGAAAGAUACGGCGUAGAUCUUCUUGGUGUGCAGGAUUGGAUCUAUUUUAAUUAUCAAGAAUCGAAGGGACGUAUUGAUUACAUGGGAUAUGUCGAUACCUUGAAACUUGGCGAUGGAGCCUCGUUAUUGAAAUUGAACUUUAAAAUGGAUGAUAUUAUUAGACCGAACGCGACGAUAUUCGUGGGCACGCUUCCCGAACUCGAAAUGUCCUUAUACACUAUAUGUUUUUAUGCCAGACCGAAUGAUCUGUGUCCUGUUUCUCUUGGCGGAACUAAGUUUAAUAUUUUCACGCAUUCAUUUAGAUAUUUUGGAAAAGACCUCAUAGAUCUUGCGCUUCCAAUUUUUUAAUUCUGCAUUGUAUAACUAAAUAUGCGCCAAUAACGUGAUAAUAUAAAUUAUCGAACUAUAUAUAAUAAUAUAUAUAUAUAUACAUAUAAUGUAUGGGUACAAUU